AUGGGAGAGCUGAGUCGAAGGGACCAAAUCAGACUCUUUGCCAAAGAGAUGUCGGAUGGGUACGAGAGAAGAUCUCAGAGCAAGAGACUGAAGAUUACGAAGUCUUUGCCGGGACUAUCUGCAGCUCUCCAGAAACCCAUGCGCAGAUUCUACGUGCAAGGCAACGAGAGCCAAAAGAGUCAAAAGCACCGAGCGAUCACAGCUCCAGGAAGAAUACGAUCGAAACAGAAAAAAGAAACCGUGCUUCCAGAGGUGGCAGGUGCCGAGGCUGAGAAUCCGGAGGAGCCAGAGAGGCCAACUCUGGACCAAGGACAGCAGGCUGCCAAGUCGGUCAGAGACUCCCGAGAGUCUGCGAAGAUGGCAUGGAUAGCACGUGCCAACCAUGUCCCAGUGGACACAUGUCUUCAAGCAGCAGACCUGUUCCUGGAGCAGGUGAACGCCUUGGAGAAGAACCUGAACCUGGAACAGUUUGGAAAGUGCCUUCUCCACUGCACGGGCAUGGAAAAACUGGAAGAUUUGCCACCGGAUCUGCUUCGCCAUGCCUUUGCGGUUGCAGACAAAGACAAGAAUGGCACCAUUUCCUUUCCCGAGUUUGUGACGUGGUUUUCGACGGUUGGGUUUAAUACGAAUGUGACCCUUUCGCCGAAAGAGCGGGCUUUCCGGGAAUUCUGUGCCGAGAAUAACUUGAGUUUGGUGGAUAUGGACAGAUAUCAAAAAUAUUUUGCUGAAUACGAUUGUGAUGGAAGCGGUGAAAUCGAUUAUGAAGAGUUCGAAGGUGUCAUCAGGAGAUGCGCUCGAGUGCCGCGGCAUUUGGAAAUUCCUCCUGCGCGGAUGAAGCAGCUCUGGACCCAAGCAGACAAUGACUGCAGUGGGUCCAUUGACUUCGAAGAGUUUGCCCUGUUCUACCGGAAAUUCUUUGAGGCGCCUGGUGCUGCAGGCUUUGAGAGUUUCUACCGAAAUGUACGACCUCCCUUGGGAAAGAUCGUUGGGUAG